UGUUCAGUGGAGCAGCGUGUUGCACACUGAGACUUGGGUCAGUGUUUACAAUGGCUGUCUGUACACACAGUCAUGCUUUGUCUUGGUAAAUAUUAAUGUAACUAUCGCCAGUACCACCCUGAUAGUAGUAGUGCUGUGGCUGAUCCUUUACACAGGCUGUAAGUGAUUCUUGAGGGAUCAAUCUUAGCUGUGUGAAGCAGGUUUACUGCAAUGUAACACAUUUAGGCGGCUGGGUUUGACACUACAGACUGCCUGCUACUGAGGAGGACACACUGGGUUGACCAUGCGUUUGUAAUGUGGACUUCUGCCUUUCUCAUAGCUUCAUAGUGUUGUUGUUGGAAGAAAUGUGACAAUCUUCGCAUUUCUGGAAAUCUGUGUUCCGUGUACUGUUAGUGGGGACAUUGAGUGGCGUGUGAUCGUGAGUCCCUACUAGCAGGGGUUAGAGGGGAUAUGACAGGGGUCUGUGACAGACAGGCCCAAUGAAUGGUCCAGCAUCUUCUCAGCAGUGUCAGAUAUACCCCCAUGGCAUGAAACACGUAACACAGACAUGUUUACUCACAAACUCAUGGACUUGGACAUCACUAGGAAAUCUCUGUCCUGCUGUGGAUGUUUACCCCGCGAUGACAGCCUGGACAGCCCCACCGAGACCACCAAGUGUAACUCUAAGGAGUUCAAUGGUAUCAAAAAAAAGGGAAAAGAUUCAAAGAAGAAAAAGGAGAAACUUGGAUCAAAUAGCACGAUUUCAGGGAAGAUUGAAAGUGAAGGGAGUGCAUAUGCCUACCAGGAUGACGAGACGUCCAGUGACAGCGAUGAUGAAGUACUUAAGCGGUACCAGAGCACACUCGCCACAACCCACAGUAUUCGUAGGACAGACACCUCACAGAGUGUUCGCAGCUCCAAGAGCACAAAGAGUUCCAAAAGUAGAAAAAGUGUAACAGAGAAAACCUACCUCUCUCCUAAAGACAAAGUAUCAUUGGUGCAUGAGGGGGAAACUGGCUCCUCGAUGGAGGAAGUGCCUCAGACCCCACGGGACUCAAGUGAUGAAGAGAGUGUCCCCCGGACCCCUAAGGGCAGCAGUGAGGGAGGGAAGAGGAGCAGUCGUGCAGGAAGUGGAGCAGUGUCCCCAGAGGCAUCAACGGUCUCAAUGUCACCCAAAGGCUCACAGGCACAACUAACAUUUGACAACCAGGCCUAUCAAGGGGAGAUAAUCUCGCCGUCUGCAUCUGGCAGUGAACAAGUGUCUCUGGUAGGAGGAAUGUCUGCCGAUGAACACUUGUUUGACGUCAGUGAUCUACAGAAGGAGCCUCCAUUAAUCUCAAAGUGUGGCAGUUUAGAAAUGACAUUUUCAUAUGAUCCUAAGCGAGGUCGUAUGGCAGUGACGAUACACCAAGCACAGGAAAUCCCUAGUAAAGAGAGGGGUGGGGCAAGUAAUACGCAGGUCCGCCUUCUACUCCUCCCUUCAAAGAAACACCGCUUCAAAACCAAGGCCAAGCCGGGCGAAAACCCCAUGUUUCAGGAGACGUUCUUAUUUACUAAAAUUCCACAAGAGGAGGUACAUGGCUAUGGGAUCCGGAUACGACUGUAUGGCCUUGAGCGUAUGAGGAGGGAGAGGAUGAUUGGAGAAAGUAUUAUUGGUUUUGCUUCCCUGAACCUGGAGAUGGCCUGUACCCACUGGGUCAUCCUCGAGCCACGAAGCAAUCUCAGUGGUGGGGACUCGAGAUUUGAUGUAUCAAGUCUGUCACGCAGUGACAGUGCAUCAUCGACACAGUCCAUGCAGCAUGGAGGUAUGCCUGAACUGUUGCUAGGUCUGGCCUACAAUGGAACCACAGGCCGACUGUCUGUGGAGGUCAUCAAGGGCAGUAACUUCAGGAAUAUGGCCAUGAACAGGGCCCCUGAUACAUAUGUGAAAUUGACGCUGAUGUCACCUACGGGACAGGAGGUGGCUCGAAGUAAGACGUCCAUCAGACGUGGACAGCCAAACCCCCUGUUUAAAGAGACGUUCAUGUUCCAAGUGGCACUAUUCCAGCUGGCUGAGGUUACACUGAUGGUAUCGGUCUACAACAAACGCAGUAUGAAGAAAAAGGAUAUGAUUGGAUGGUUUUCUAGUGGUCUGAACAGCAGUGGUGAUGAGGAGCUGUCUCACUGGACCGACAUGAGGGAGAGUAAAGGAGACCAAGUGUGUCGGUGGCAUGUCCUCCUGGAGUCAUGAUAUAGGCGCAGUAUCUAGUGGCGCCACCGCCUAAAAUCAUAAUAUUGUCACAGUGUCUAGUGGCGCCACCUAUACCACACAGCUACGGCCACACUGUGACAUCACUGCUGCUCACCUUUACAUCACACACAACAUACAUGGGUUGUGAAUGUGUAGGUGACAGCUACUACAAACUUGUUGACUACAGUGACUUGUUCACGUCACCAAGGAAUCUUAUUGUUGUCAUGAGGACAGAUUUAAUGAUUUAGUUAUUAGGGACCAUAUAUUUGAAUUUAUUCUUGAUAACAACUAAGAUUCCUAUGUACUUGAGAUUACCUGAUGUUAUUCAGGCCAGAUAUACAGAUAACUAUACAUGUGACCAUGAUGAAUGGAUCCUUGGUAGACAUAAUAUAAUUAAGAGUCAGCCUCAUGAUCUUGUCAAAACUUACAUUGUAAAUUGUCUACACCUGAUUUGUGAACUGAAGGAAAGGCCCCAACAGGGAAUAGCCAAAGGUGAGCUUGUCUUAAAAGAUCUGGAAAAUCUUAGUGGAGGUUAUUUAUAACAGAUCUACAGUCAUAAGGGAGCUAAUGGAUGGCAGAUCUAGACAGUUGUAGAGGAGGUUAUUUAUAACAGAUCUAGACAAUUGUAGAGGAGAUUAUUUAUAACAGAUCUAGACAGUUGUAGAGGAGCUUAUUUAUAACAGAUCUAGAGAGUUGUAGAGGAGCUUAUUUAUAACAGAUCUAGACAGUUGUAGAGGAGCUUAUUUAUAACAGAUCUAGACAGUUGUAGAGGAGCUUAUUUAUAACAGAUCUAGACAGUUGUAGAGGAGCUUUUUUAUAACAGAUCUAGACAGUUGUAGAGGAGCUUAUUUAUAACAGAUCUAGACAGUUGUAUGGGAGAUUAUUUAUAACAGAUCUAGACAGUUGUAGAGGAGAUUAUUUAUAACAGAUCUAGAAAGUUACAUGAGAGAUUAUUUAUAACAGAUCUAGACAGUUGUAGAGUCUUGUAAACAUUUAUUGUGUUAAGCCAUUUCAUUUAUCCAGAUGGAAGUGUGUACAAGGUGUUAUGAGUACUUGGAGAAAGGGACUCGGAUCCUCACAGCUCACAAAUCAGGUUAAUGAUAGACGUGUGUUAACAGUCACCUGUAGGACCACUAAUUCAAGUGUUCACUGUUCAGUCUCUUCAUCUUUUCAAACAAUUUUCAAAAACUUGACAUUCCAUGUGAUCAUCUUUAUUUGGAACUUAAGUGUACCUAGAGUAAUCGGCUUCCUGAUUGUAAUCCAGGAUGUUUGACAAGGGAGGUAACUCUCUUGUUUAUGUGUGUCAUUUGUCAUCUCUAUCAUUAACAGUAAAACUAAAUACUGUAUUGGGUCAACACAAGUGAACUGGUACAUGAGUCUGCUGGCCAAGCCACCACCUUGAUGAUAAUAUUGAUUACAUUAAGCCUAUAAUAAUAAAUAUGACUGAUGGAGAAACAGUAACGUUGUCUUAUUUUAAGUCUUUGAUUAAAGGACCAAAUUUAUCUGCAUAUUUCUGUGAUUGAUUUGUAUGAUAAAAACAGAUUAGGUACUUCUCAAAAACAUCCCUCUGGGAGAAUAUUAGUGAUUUAUCCACUGGUAAUGAAUAAGUAAAUUGAAAAUGGAUUACUUAUUAUACAAUAUAUGUCUAUAAAUAUGUGUAAAAGAUACUUAUGGAAAAUAUGAAUUGACAAGUUGUAAUUUUUUCUAUCUGAUAACUAUGACAGAUAUCAGGUGUUAUCUGUGAAAAUGUUGUUAUACUCAUGUUAAUGAAUCUCAUGACUUACAUCAUUCCAACUCACUGUUACUGUUAUAGAAUCGUUACAAUGUAGUACCAGUCACCCUAAGAAUAAUAUAUUCUUAAUUCUUUUCUUAAAGAUUUCCUCACAGCUGUUCUGGAUUUAGAUAUUCAGCUGUGCACAACUUCUUGAGAAGGUAGUUUUAACAAGUUCAUUAACAUUUUACUGUUUUAGAAAUAGCUCUUAAAUUAUUCUUCGUGAUUAAAAUUAGAAUAUUUUCAUGUUAAAUUGAAUAUGCUUUAAAACUUAUCAUGGUGAUUAAGUUUGUUGCAGAGAAUAUAAUAUUUGUUAUUCAUGUUUCUGUUUUACUACGGUUAAGAAGGGACACGGUGAGAUGUGACAUCUAUUCCUUGUCUCCUUUGUUACCAUGGUGAUAGUUUUAACCUUCUCUUGACUCUACAAAUUUUGUUUGCAGACUAUGCAGCUAUGAGAGAUUGGCUCUACUUCCCUGUUAUUGAUAGGAUGUAUGAGGCCAUUGAUAACCCUUUGUCUAUCUAUAUGCAUAAUGUACAUCUAUAGAUACAUGUAUGUUUAUUAGAGAAAUUAAUCAAAUUCAUAUUAAGGACAUUUCUUUAUUAUGUAAAUCAUAAAUGAAAUAUUUUUUGUUAUAUAGCUGAAAUCCUUUAUAUACAUUAGUUGUGAAAUACGCAUUUUAUUUCGCGUUUGGUUAUUAUUUUUAUACCUAUAUUUACAAUAUUGUAUUCUCUCUUCUAUAUUUUUAUGUUAUGUUUUGUAUAGUUUUAUUUACAGAAGAUGUGUUUUUUGAGUUGUACUUAAACCUGAAUAUAUUACUUAAGUUUGGUUGUGUUGAAGAGUGCUAAUAAGAUAUGAGAAUUUAAUAUAAUAAUGUAUUCUCCCAAGGAUAUAUUCAUAAGAAACAUUGGCCAAAGGGAGACAACCAUGUGUCUACAGGGUAGCUGUCGGCCCAGUAUCUACAGUUGAGCUUUCGGUCAAUUUCAGUAUCAGGUUGGCAGGGGUUUUACCUCCACUGACAGAGUUUUGUGUUCCUACAACAGCUUAGCUCUUGAUAUGAAAUAGGCAUUUCCUAAGUACAAGGACUUUGACGCAAGUAGUAAAUAUGAUAAAAGAUUACUAUUCCAAUCGCAAAUGAGAUUUUUUAACAGCCUUAUGUUAAAUAGUAAGUAUGUUUUUGAACGUUGCUACAUUUUCCUGUGUUCAAUAUGAAUCAUAAUGAUGUAUCAUUUCUGUCUAUAUUAAACCAAGCAUAAUAUUGAACAUUUUGAUGCCAAUUUCAUGAGGAAACCCACUUAGUUGUAAAUCAGGUCUAUUUUUAACCUGAUCAGUUAGACACUUCCAAAAAUUAUUAUUACUUUUUUUUGUGGUAGAUAAAUAUUGGAAUUAAUUAAAAUCUGUAAACUUCACAUUAAAGAACAUUUUUCUAACAUAGUUCUUUGGUCCCUUUUUUUUAGCCAGUCACUAUUUUGGGAAAUCCAGUAUAAACUGACAACAAAGGUCACUUGGUUAGGUUUAAUUUGUUUUCAACUACAGUGAAUUUGCUGGUGCUCAUUUAUAAAGACUGUUCAGUGUCAGACAAUCCAACCUCUAGUGGUAAGCAGUAUUUUGGUGGAUUGUGGUGUGUGUGCAAAGAUGUCUGAUGUGUGUUUGCUACAAGGACACUGCCUUUUUACCUUUUGUACAGAAUUUACAAAACACCUAUGUUAUUUUAUCAAGAGGUUGGUCAAAACUAAAUGUUGAAAUGAAAGUUGAAGUAGAAAAGACUUGUGUCCCAUUGGAACUUUCGGCAUUAUAACUCAGAUAUCUGACAAGGUGUUCUACUGUUAUAGAUAUCUGACAUGGUGUUAUACUAUUGUAGAUAUCUGACAUGAUGUUAUACUGUGCGAGAUAUCUGACAUGGUGUUAUACUGUUAUAGAUAUCUGACAUGGUGUUAUACUGUUAUAGAUAUCUGACAUGGUGUUAUACUGUUAUAGAUAUCUGACAUGGUGUUAUACUGUUAUAGAUAUCUGACUUGGUGUUAUACUAUUGUGGAUAUCUGACAUGGUGUUAUACUGUUAUAGAUAUCUGACAUGGUGUUAUACUGUUAUAGAUAUCUGACAUGGUGUUAUACUAUUGUGGAUAUCUGACAUGGUGUUAUACUGUUGUAGAUAUCUGACAUUGUGUUACACUGUUGUAGAUAUCUGACAUUGUGUUAUACUGUUGUAGAUAUCUGACAUGGUGUUAUACUGUUAUAGAUAUCUGACAUGGUGUUAUACUGUUAUAGAUAUCUGACAUGGUGUUAUACUGUUAUAGAUAUCUGACAUGGUGUUAUACUGUUAUAGAUAUCUGACAUGGUGUUAUA